AUGGCGCCGGACCUGAAGUUUCGGAUCCCGGCGCAGAGGUCGCCGGAGAUGCGGCCGCGGCAGCCGCACAGGUUCGCGGACAACCCCAUGGUGAAGGUCAUAGAGUCGACUCUGCAGCAGCAGGGGGUGCUGGGUAUGGAUGGUGGGCUGGUGGCAUGCUGGGAAGACUUGCUGCCUUCCACAAGCGAUGCAGCGCAGAAAUGCCACCGUUUGGGGGCAGACCAUGGCACAAGCCCACUGAAGAGGGUGAAAACAAAGAUAAAGGUUAGCAGGCCACGCCCUGAAGAGGAGGACAGGUACCCCUCGAAGUUCGCAAGGGUCACUUUUGCGAAUCCAAAGAGAGGAGAGAUCCACAAAGAUAUAUCUACAGAGAAGGUGGACAAGGGGCCCCUCAGGCCAUCAGGAGCUUCACCACCACUGGUGAAACCCAGCACAUCGGAGGGGUUCGCUGCCUGCAAUGGCAAUACUCUCAGUGGCCCAAGUCCAAGCCCUUCCAUGACCGAUGGUACCAGUCCGAAUGACAGGGAGGCCGCGCGGACGCCACCGCUGCCCAAGCUGACAUUUGUCAUAAAGAAGGGGAGCAAGGCGAAGAAACAGGAGCGUGAUGCCUCAGCAUCGAAGGACGAGUCUGAUCCUUCUCCCAAGACCGUGUCAUCGGAGGUGGGGCCUUCAAGGGCACCUGAGACAGCGUGUGCCUUCACCCAGGUUCAGCCAAGCGACCUUGUCCACACCCAGAGCUGUGGGAUACAGGCUGGGCCCUCAGUGUGCGAGCAAGGCACGCAGGCAGCGCCCCAGGAGGCGCCUGGGGAGGCCUUGGAUCGAGUGACCCUAGAGCAGCACCUGGUGCAGAUGAGACAGCUACUGGCGGCGGCUGGCAGGGAUGUGCCAAGCCAGUCAGACAAUGCAUUGUGGGCAGAUGGGAAGAGGUUGAAACGGCUGGCAGAGAGCCAGAGUCGAGAGGUGGAGGGAAUCAACAUGGACACGAUGGUGUACUACCUGCAUUCAGCACUAAAAUUUCUGGAAGCUGCUCAUGCACAGGAGAAACGAAAAGACAAGCGGGGGGACAUGUACAAGGGCACAGGAAACCUGCUGAUGCAUGCUGCUGGACACAUGAGGAAGCACACUAGGUUGAAGCCCUUUGUCAAGAAGUGUGUACAGGUGCUGGCGGAGCGGCUAGCAGCUGUCGCAUACGUUCGACACAACUUUGUUGAGCGGCGGGGUCAAACACCAACUGGGAAUGGGACAGGUGGCUUGUCCCCCCUCACCUCCCCCGUGGAGAAUGGCAGCAGCACGAGCAGCACGGAGACCCUCAUCAAGGGUCUUGAAUUGAUCCAGUCGACUGCACAGGACCUCACAGAACUUCGCAGUGCUGCCAAGAAGUCCCGCGGCGCCGCACUUGGCGCUGUGGAGUUGAUUUCCAUGCUGGGCAGUAGUGCUGGGCUGGGAGACCUGCGAGAGACCCUCACACUGGCGCAGCAUGCCAUUCAGAGCCUCAUCAAGUUCGAUGAGCACGAGGGGUGA